GGCCGACCUGGGUUCAGAUCUCAGCUCUGUCACCUACUGGCUGUGUGACCAUGGCAAGUCACUGGGCCUCUGGCGGCCUCAGUUUCCCCUCUGUGAAGGGGGGCACAGCAGUACCAGCCUCAGGGGCUGCCUACCCGGACUGGGAAUAAACCGCUCCAGGAAGCCUGGCUCGUGUGACGACAGGUCAGAGCGCUCGCGUAUGGACUCAAAUAGAAUCGCGUCUGGCUCCUACCGGCGCCGGUUUUCCCUGUGACACGGGGCUACCCCCGCCUUCAAACGGAUGGGGAUUUUUACGGGAGUUCACGGACGUGAGGCCUCCCGCCCGGACGCCUGACCAAAAUAACAGCAGUUGUCCGGCGCCAGGCGCCUUCCAGCCGGCUUAGAGCCACUCCAAGGGGCCGGCCGUGCAGACGACGAGUGACAGACCCUGCAAGCCGGCGGCCUCCGCCCCCUCCCUCGUCUGCGGCAUCAGCCGGGCCUGGCGGAGGGACCAUGGGCGCCUCGGCCUCCAGGGGCCGGCCCGCCCGGGUCCCCGCGCCGGAACCCGAACCCGAGGAGACGCUGGACCUGAGCCAACUGCCGCCGGAGCUGCUCCUGGUGGUGCUGAGCCACGUGCCCCCGCGCGCGCUGCUCGCGCGCUGCCGCCGGGUGUGCCGGGCCUGGCGCGCCCUGGUGGACGGCCAGGCCCUGUGGCUGCUCAUCCUGGCCCGCGACCACGGUGCCCUGCUGCCGCUCGCCCGCAGCUGCCUGCCCCCGGCCCGCGACGCGGGGCCCUGCCUCCUGGGCCGCUUCUGCGAGCGCGCCCCGAUCGGCCGCAACCUCAUCCGCAACCCGUGCGGCCAGGAAGGUCUCCAGAAAUGGAUGGUGCAGCACGGUGGGGACGGCUGGGUGGUGGAAGAAAACAAGUCCACCGUGCCUGGGGCCGCUUCGCAGACCUGUUUCGUGUCUUCCUUCAGAUGGUGUCGCAAGAAGCAGGUCUUGGACCUGGAGGAGGAGGGUUUGUGGCCAGAAUUGCUGGAUAGUGGGAAGAUUGAGAUUUGUAUCUCUGACUGGUGGGGAGCCCGGCACGACAGUGGCUGUAUGUAUCGCCUCCUUGUCCAACUUCUAGAUGCCAAUCAGACCGUCCUGGAUAAAUUCUCUGCUAUGCCUGACCCCAUCCAGCAGUGGAACAACAAUGUCUGCCAUCAGGUCACCCAUGUGUUCUCUGACAUCAAGAUGGGCGUCCGCUUUGUGUCUUUUGAACACUGGGGCCAGGACACGCAGUUCUGGGCUGGCCACUAUGGAGCCCGUGUGACCAACUCCAGUGUGAUCGUGCGAGUCCGUCUGUACUAGUCGAGGGCUGUCCUUGCACAAGCACCUGACUGUGCCUUCCAGGAGCUGGAACCUUUGGCCGGGACUUCUCAUUCACCAAGGGCUUGUACCUCCCCAGCGUCCUGGGAACCUUGGGUCCAGUCUGGGGUCCUGCUAGGUCCCCUCUUCAGGUUCUAGAAACUACUAGAAGAAAGUUCCUCUGUCAUAUCUACCUACUGUUGCUGCUCUAGAUCAGCCCCUGUUCUACUGGGGGGAGACCCAUAGGUGAGCACAGGGGAACGCUGGCCCCGCAGAGUGCUCCUCGCCUCCCCCUGCAGGCCCUCGGUUCAGCCCCAGUCCCCUCUGCCCUUGUGUCCUAUUUCUGCUCCAGGGGCUUUGUAGGUCCCUUCAGGGAAGCCCUCUCCUCAUCUCUGAACUAGCAUCUCAUCUGUAUGGCUGGGAAAAUUCUAGCCCCCUUGGGUGGUGAACUCAACCUCCUGAGCCUCAAGGCUGGGACCAAUUCUUGCAGCUGAAAGUCCACGAGCUCAAAAAAUGUUUGGAGAUCGAUGCUUCUGCCCACUCUGACUUCUCUGAAAAGUGGGCUGGUCCCCCCGGGCCCAACCCUGAUCCUCACGGACUCCUGUAAUGGUGUGGUGUAUAAGACUAUUUUAUUUUGAUUUUUUUUCAAACAUUGAGAAAUUAAUUAUUAGCAACGUCUGUCUGCCAAUCAUAUGCAAUAAAUUUAUUAUUUUGCCAAAA